UAUAAUUGUCAGCAGAAAUAAAAUUAAACAGAAACAACAACAACAGAAGCAGCAGAAAACAAAACAACAUUUGAUCUGCAAAAUAAAAGUGAAAUAAAAAAAUGUCUAAAAUAAAAAUAAACCUUUUAUUAUAAGAAGACACAAGAUGGCUGAUUAACCCCAUGAUCGUAACCUUCAUAAAGUUAAUAAUAAUGACGAUGGAUAUUAUGACUAUGACGACUAUGGAGACCUAAUGCAUGUUGUUAGUUCUUCAAUACCGAUCAUUUAUACAUUCGCUCUCUUCUUACACUUGUUACAAAAAGUCAACAACAAAUAGCCAGCAACAAAAGCCAGCCAACAGUAAACGAAUGAGAAGUAAACAGCUCAAGCUACUAAAUAGAUUGAUCUUUUGAUGAACACACUGCUCAAACUCUGAUCUUGUGUAAUUUGAUACCAAUUGUGAAUGCCACUUGGAAAUUAUUAUAACGGCUACAACAUCGAAGAAGACUACUACGGAUAGCUAUAGCUCCAAUAAAGAUGUUAAAAUCACAUCAUCGUCAUCAUCAUCGUCGUGAUCAUCAUCAGCAGCAGCAACAGGAACAACGUCUAUGUCUAUGUUUAUUUUUCUUCUUCACUUCAUGCAAAUUAAACUGACAUCAAUACAGUAACGAGCGGACAGCAAUAACAGCAGCAUUAAACUGAUAUUAUUAUUGUUGUUGUGUUUAAUUGAUGGUGCUCAGUAAAAGUUUUAAGUUUUCAAAAACAAUAAGAGCAAAGUAAAAGGUUCAAAAAGGACCAGUUGCUUGUUAAAGUAGUAUUUUCAAAACAAAAACAAAAUUUGCCAAAAUGUUGCAGAAUACGAGCACAUCGUCAACGGCUGGUCAACAGCAAAUGCCACAACCAAAACUUGUUGUUAUACGACGUCGGCCAAAUCAAGGUUUUGGUUUUACUCUACGUCAUUUUAUUGCUUAUCCACCGGAAGAUGAUCCCUCUUGGCCACAGGAAGCAUCCGAACCGUACCAAGUGAAAGCUAUGGAAACGAUUUUCAUAAAAGAAGUACAUCCGAAUGGACCCGCUUACUAUGCCAACCUGCAGACAGGCGAUCGCGUUCUAAUGGUGAACAACACACCAAUAGCUGGUAUCGCCUACAGUAACAUUGUGUCGAUGAUCAAGCAAACGCCUUCGGAAUUGAAAUUGUUGGUGGUGCCCAAGGAGUGUGAUGUUUUGCAAAUGCAUUAUACAAGUAUUGCUCAUACCCCACAAUCAAAUGUUACCAAUGUAGGAAAUGGUAAUGGUGCCUCCUCUGCCUCUAAUAACACAAACACUAAUUUCCCUUCUAUAUCAUCGUCAUCGACGUCGUCUGGUGCUCUUUUACCCAUGUCUGUGGCGAUGGUGGGAAAACCUUUUCCUGUACAACACCAGCAACAUCAAUUGAUCUCAUUUCCUGCUUCUCAGCAGGCCAGUCGUUCCGGUAGUAUUACUAGCACUAACAGUUUAAGACCUUUAACAAAUUCGGAUUAUAUGGAUAUAGCAACAGCCCAGAGUUAUCAUCAUCAGCAGCAACAACAACACCAACAGCAACAACUUUCAGGCAAUUUACUUACACAUAGUGAUAGUGGCAGUUAUUUGCGCGUUUAACUAUGACAAUGGCCUUUGUAACCAAUACCACCAGCGCUAGCAAACCAAACCCAACCCAAACUAUACCCACUACCAUUAACAAAUCGAUCAUAGUGCAAGCAAUUGUGCAGUUAAAAUGCAUUUGUCAAUGUUUUGUCUUUUGUAUGUGAAUAUAUUUUGAAUGAAAAAAAAAGAGAAAAAUUAUUUGUUUUUGUGAAUUGUUUUUUAUUA